UACAAUGAAAACAUCGAAACACCAAACAAUAAAGUUUAAUGCUUAAGUCAAGCUAUAAUACAAUAAAAAACACAUUUGUGUAAUAUCAUUUACAUCUAAUGUGACAUGAAGCUGGUCCUUUAUUUUUCUACAUUCUUAUUUCUCAUAUUGGGGUAAAUCAAACCAAUAAAAAUCAACAUUUUUUUAAAUGCUAAAUUAGAAAUUAGUUGCCCCCCACCCUUUUCUUAUAUAUGGCACGCUGGGGCCCAUUCUAAUAUCACGACGGGCCAACUUUAGCCUACGGGCCCUAGUUUGGGGAUUUGGGUUUAGCCAAAUCAUUGCUUUUUUUUGUAUAGACAGGGAAUGCUACUAUUGACGUGGCUUUUGGACGACUAAAAUAAGAGAAAACCACAUGUGGAGAUAAUGUUCUGAUUACGAAUGUACUUUGCAAAAUGUACAAAAUUAAAUUAGAUUAGAUUCAACUUUAUUGUUAAUGCCUCCCUGUGUGACUAUUAUGUGUAAUAUGCACAUGAAAUACUGAGGACUUUUUCCUAAACUAUGGUAGAUUAUAUGUAUAAACCCUUUGUUGAAGGUCUUCUUUGUUCCUCGAAGUAAGAGUGUGUGUGUGUGUGUGUGUGUGUGUGUGUUUUUAAUAAAAGCGCGCUGGCCCUUUAAGGCCGGUUGUCGCGCCGCCCUCCAACCGCUUUAUGCUAAUUCAUGCGUAGUUGCAAACGGGCCGCCGACCAAUCAGACUGCGCCUCAAACCGCGGGAGAUCCGAAUUUCGCGGGACGUAAUUUGGCGCUAAAAAAAAAAAACCCUGCGCUUUGAGCUCGUUCCGGCUUUUGGUGUCAAAGAGGGAGCAGAGUCUCCGCUUAUUCUACUUCUGAAGGAGGAAACCUGGAGCUCAGCUUUACCGAGUCCACACCUCGAGACAAACCAAUAUUCAAACUUUUAUUCGCGUUUAUAAAUCAAACGAAUUUCUACAUCUUUUAAAAAUGCAAAUUUAAAACGAAUCUCAAUUCUCAAGUCCUCUUUCUUCUCUUCUUCUUCCUCCUCCGUUUCAUCAUCUGCUGCUUCUCCUGGAACAAAGGACACCGCACGCAAAGUCGUUUUCUAACCCGAGAAAGCAGAACAUCUCCGUUCGGUUUUCGUUCGCUUUUGUUUUUCAUUUUUGUUUUAACAACAAAAACAAAUCGAAAUAAACUGCUGAAUCACAAACCCCCGGAACAGAAGACUCCAAACAAAGCAAAGACUACACACACACACACACACACAUUUGUUUCUGCGAGAUGAUCCGGACCCCCAGGCGCGUGUCUCCGGCCUCGGCUCGGCCUGCAGUGGCUCUGUCCUGCCCGCAGAAGAAACUUCUCACCGCAGUCAGAGCAGAUCUCCUGAGCUCAGGACUCACCAGUCCGCCUGUGAGCACGGUGCCCCUGGGCUACUUCACACAGCUGGGGAACACACCGGCCACCGAAAGGAGAACCACCGACUGCCUGUACGCCACCCCGCACGGGACUCGAGCUCCACACGGGCGCCAGUCCUCCACCAGACUCCCGGCAAAGAGGCGGUUGGAUUUGGAGGAUCCGCACUAUCUUCCAGAUUUCCUCACACCCAAAGGAAAAGGGAACACACCCUCAGGAAGACUCUCCAGCCCAAGAACACCGAAGUCUCCUGGUGAAAGAACGCGCUACGACACAUCCCUCGGCCUGCUCACCAAGAAGUUUGUGGGGUUGCUGAGCGAGUCAGCAGAUGGCGUUCUGGACCUGAACUGGGCUACCGAGGUGCUGGAGGUGCAGAAGAGGAGGAUCUAUGACAUCACCAAUGUUCUGGAAGGAGUUCAGCUCAUUCGCAAGAAAUCCAAAAACCACAUUCAGUGGCUUGUGACCGGAGUGUUUGAGGGCUCAGCAAGUGCUUCGGAGCGAACCAACGCUCUGCAGCGAGAACUCGCCGAGUUGGACAGGAAGGAGAACGCCCUGGAUGACCUCAUCCAGUCCAGCACCAAUCAGCUACGAGAGCUCACUGAAAACAAAGACAACCAACGAUUCGGAUAUGUGACUUAUCAGGACAUUCGGUCUAUCUCGAGUCUGCAGAAGCAGACGGUCAUUGCAGUCAAAGCUCCUUCAGAGACCAAGCUGGAGGUUCCGGAGGUAUCUGAGCAGGGGUCGAUGCAAAUCUACCUGAAGAGCAAAAACGGUGCUAUUGAGGUGUACCUGUGUCCAGACGAGGUGCUGUUAGAGGAUGAAAGCCCGGUAAAGCUUGGUUCUGCUAGGAAGGACCACUCGUAUGGCAUCCCACACGUGACCCCCUCCAUCACCCCCCCGUCUCACCCGAGCACGCCCAAACCGCAGCGCAGUCUCGAAGCUACACCGUCCAAAUCCCAGAGCCUCUGUAGCAAUAGCACGUCCACCCUGAUGGAUGUCGAGGGCAUUUUGGGGCUUCCUCCCAGCCUGCUGCAGAUCACCGAAGAUCAACUUCCGUGUACAAACAUCACCUCCGACCCGUCGUUUGUGAGUUUUUCGCCUCCUCUUGACCACGAAGACUACCUCUGGGGGCUGGAGGAUGGAGAGGGGGUUUCAGACUUUUUCAAUAACUACGAUCUGGGGGAUUUACUCCAGAACUGAGACUGUACACUUCACCCCGUGGAUUAAAUGGUACGAUCCUCAACUAUCUUCAAAUGGACUCAUUUAUACUUUGAAUUCGGACUACACUUAUUUCAUAGGUGUAUUUCGCCUCACGAGGAUCGCAGGAUCUUUCGGAAAUAACUCGCUCAUGCUCAAACAGUCGCAGUGCGCCCUCUAGAGGAGGAGCUCAGCCUUCGUCUUUUCCAUGCUCUUGUUCAGAAUAGCGCAUCACAAUUUAGACGGGCGACAGGAUCUCGUACGUACGGUGAUUUUACGCCUCUAUUACCCCCCUGCCGUUUCCCAAUCAGUCCUUCACAUGUUGUUGUGUUUUCGCAAACUGGCCUCACAGGAAAAUCACUACAAUGAUGUGUAUUAGGACUAGGGGAUGAUGAACCUACUUUGAGGAAUAGGUUUUAGUACACUAGAAAGCCAUCACUGAUUCGCUGUAGCCAUAGUUAGCCGGCUAGCUAGUUCAUUAGAUAUUUUCUGAAAAAAAAAAAAAACGACGAAUAUAUUUUUGUACCUUGGAUCGUCUUUUAGGCAAAAGAGAGACUGUAGGAAAUUUAAGUGGUGCUUCUCAUCUCUAUAUA